AUGGCGGAGGAAGCGGAGGAGGCGCCGGCCACCCUGGGCCCUGCCGGGGCGGAAGGCGUCGAAGAGCUCCCGGGGGCAGAAGCCGGCGUUGACCAAGAGGUGCUUCUGAAUCAGGAGAGUAAUGGCCCUCCCAAGCCAGACGAGGCCAUGCCGGUGGAAGAGGUCAAUGGGGUUAGUCUGGAAGACAACACGGCAGCCCUGCAGGCCGAGCCAGCCAGAGAAGAAACCCCUCAGCCUCCUGCUCCAGAUGUAGGGAUGCUGAUGGCCUUGAGCCAGCCCAUGGAGGAUCUCUCCAUCACCUACCCUCUGGAAUUUGAGCGCUACUGGAGAGCCACUCAAGAGAACCCCCUGGACUUCACUGCCUGGACCGAAUUGUUGCAAUACGUGGAACAGGAGAAUCACAUCUAUGCCGCCCGCAAAGCUUUCGAUAACUUCUUCCUGAGGUACCCUUACUGCUACGGCUACUGGAAGAAGUACGCAGACAUGGAACGACGCUUUGACUUCAUCAAGGAGACUGAGGAGGUUUUCCAGCGAGGGUUGCAGUCCAUCCCUCUCAGCAUGGACCUCUGGAUCCAUUACAUCUCUUUCCUGCAGUCCAGCCUGGAUAUGAAUCAACCCGAUUCAGCUCAGAAAAUUUGUGGCACUUUUGAGGCCGCUGUGGCUGCCGCGGGAGUAGAUUUCCGUUCGGACAAGCUCUGGGAGAUGUACGUGGAAUGGCAGAAGGAGCAGGGGGACCUGAAGGCCGUCACUGGCAUUUACGACAGGGUGCUGACGACUCCCACCCAGCUGUACAGCCACCACUGGGAAAACUUCAAGGACCAUCUGUCCAGCCAUUCCCCGGCUGACAUUCUCUCCAUAGAAGAGCUGCUGUGGAUGCAGUCCAAGAUGGCCUCCGACACGGCCCCCAAGACGACGGAGGUGGAAGCCGAGGAAGAAGCACCACCUGGAGAAGACCUGCCUCUGAAGGCGGAAAGCAAGCAGGAGAUCGUAGACGGGAGUCAGGUGUUGGGGACGCUGGACCACGAGAAAGUCCUGGAACAGUCGAUUUCGAUCCGCCAACAGAUCUUCAGUCAGAACGAAGCCGAAGUUAGCAAGCGCUGGAAUUUUGAGGAUGGGAUCAAGAGGCCCUACUUCCACGUGAAGCCGCUGGAGCGAGCGCAGCUGCGGAACUGGCGGGACUACCUGGACUUCGAGAUCGCCAGCGGUUCGCACGAGCGCACCAUCGUGCUCUUUGAGCGCUGCGUCAUCGCUUGUGCCCUCUACGAGGAGUUCUGGCUCAAGUAUAUCAGGUACCUGGAGAACCACAGCAUAGCUGGAGCCCGGAGUGUUUUCCAGCGAGCUUGCUGUUACCAUCUGCCUCGUAAGCCCAACAUUCACCUCUUGUGGGCAGCAUUUGAGGAGAAACAAGGAGAGGUGGAUGAAGCCCGGCGUAUCUUGAAGACCUUUGAGGACUACGUGCCCGGCCUGGUCAUGGUGCGUUUGCGGCGGGUGAGCCUGGAACGUCGGCUGGGGAACGUGGACAUGGCAGAGGCCCUCCUGAUGGAAGCCAUACGGGACAACGAGGGGAUGCCCAUCUCCUCCUUCUACUCCGUCAAGCUGGCUCGGCAGGUGCUCAAGGUGCAGAAGAACCUGACCAAAGCGCGGAAGAUUCUCCUCGAGGCCUUGGAAAAGGACCCGGUCAGUGCGGAUGAAACCGAUGACAAAAGGUUGAGACUGGAAGAUGCAGCCAUAGGGGGUGGCAGCGUAGCCAUGGCGACAACGGGCAUCACGCCCUUGAUGGCAAGUGACACCAGCUCAGCAGGCACUUACAACUAUAACACGUGGUACCAGAAUUACAGCAACUAUGGAUACCAGAACACGUGGAACUACAAUCAAUAUUACCAACAGACCUAAAAACAACUGACAGGAGAUGGUCGUGGCAUAGAUGGGCAGCUGUGGCUAUCCUUGCUCAACUUCUGAAUGGAAGCAAAUGGCUGACUGUGGUCUCUUUCCCGACGGCGAUGGAAAGACUUGUUGCAAGCUUUAGAAAAACCUGAUCCUUUUUGUAUUAAUUUCAUUUAUCAUUUUCCCCCUAAAUUUUCAAAACUGGGGAGGACACGUUGCCAUCAAGAGGAUUCAAACAGGAUUCCUUCAUUCCAUGGCAGGACUGAAAGAAUUCAGUGCCCAUGGGAAGUCCAGCAGAGAUACUUCUCAAGACACACAAUCACAGGCUCUUUUGACACUCCAUCUUCUUCCUGGUUGCAAAUUUAGUUUCAUUUUAACUCAAGGCCUUGGAAACAGCAUGUUCUUUUUUUUUUUGUAAAAGGGUUUCCUCUGUACAUUUUCACUUUUUGCAGCUGUAAAUAAACUGGAAUCGGUAAUGUGU